AUGGGCGCAAUGGUUAGAGUCUAUCUGUGUGGCCGGUCCGAUCCUUUCGAUCCUUCUGGUGAUAACGAAGUGCCUCGCACGACUGGUGGCGGGACCAGGAUCAGGCUCCGGUUGCGGCUUGGAGACUGCAUGGUUUUGGUCAUCCAUCGGCUGGAGUGCUGCCGCCUCGGGAGUGGAGUUUCUUCUGGCCACUCGGUUCACGUCGACCUGCCGGCGCUACUGUCUCGUCCGCUGCUGCCGGAAACGGGGCGAUUACGAGGCGAUAUUGGAGGCAGCCUCGGAGGAGGAGGGGGGGGGGAAGAGGGAAAAGUGCUGGUGCCACACUUCACCGGCAACAUGAUCGACAACGUUGUAGAGGGGGGCGGGGACAGCGAGUUCCGAAGGUCUACCGUGUACCUGGUGCUUGCCGCGGUCUCCUGCGCCAUAUUCUCGGGGAUAAGGGGUUGCAUCUUCUCUGUCGUCGGGGCGAGGGUGAACGUGCGGGUGCGGCGACGACUGUUCGAGUCCCUGGUCCGGCAGGAGAUCGGCUUCUUCGACACCACCAAGACGGGCGACCUCACCAGCCGACUCGCGUCCGACUGCACCAAGGUCGGGGACCAGGUCACGCUCAACGUCAACGUCUUCUUGAGGAACUUGGUGAUGGUCGUGGUGACGCUCCUAUUCAUGUUUUACUUGUCCUGGAGACUGUCCCUCGUGGCCUUCAUCUCCGUGCCCGCCAUCGUCAUCGUGUCCAAGUGGUACGGUGAAUACAUCAGGAAGCUCUCGAAGUUGUCACAGGACAAGCUGGCGGAAGCGGGGUCAGUCGCGGAAGAGAGCCUCGGCAGCAUGAGCACGGUCCGGUCCUUCGCAGCGGAGGGUAGGGAGAGCAAGGAGUACGCCAAGAAGCUUCAGGACAGGACACCAACAAGUCCCACCCUCCCUCAUACCUCAUACACAUCGCGCCUUAGCUUCUACGUCCUGUCGAAGAGGGGAAGCUAUGCUUACGGGUUUUACGCGUCGAGCUACGUGCUGCUGCCCAAUCUCGUGACGGCGGUGGUGCUGUUCUAUGGUGGUCAGCUGGUGAUGGAUGGCCAGAUUACGGGUGGAAAGGUCGUGAGCUUCAUGAUCUACCUGACCUCGCUGAGCGACGGCUUCAACGAUAUGGCAGCCAUCUUCUCCUCCAUGACACAGGCGGUGGGGGCCGCGGACAAGGUUUUCGAGCUCAUCAGGCGGAAGCCCAAGGGGCCCAGGCCGUCCGCGUCCCCCCCUCCAUCUUCCGCGUCCCAACAUUCCGCGUGCGAAACGGGAGCGGCGAGAUCUGUUCGGCACGCGACGGCGGCGGCGUUCGAGGAAGGAGGAGCGGCGCCGGAGACGUGCUUGGGAGCGGUGGAGCUUAAGGGCGUGGACUUCGAGUAUCCUUCGAGACCGGGACGGAGGAUCCUCGACGGGGUAAGCUUCAACGCGGCCGCUGGACAGGCAAGCACCCUGGCCAUGGCGAUGCCGUCCAUGCUCCCUUGA